GUGCGUGCCGUGAGCUCGCCCGGCACCGCGGCCUCGCCCUCCGCCCCUGCGCCCCGCCACCCAGGCCGCCGCCCCCCGCCCGCGCCGUCGCCCCCGACGGGGAGGACCAUGGCGAAGGUGGAACAGGUCCUGAGCCUCGAGCCACAACACGAGCUCAAGUUCCGAGGUCCCUUCACUGAUGUUGUCACCACCAACCUAAAGCUUGGCAACCCAACAGACCGAAAUGUGUGUUUUAAAGUGAAGACCACAGCACCUCGCAGGUACUGCGUGCGGCCCAACAGUGGGGUCAUUGAUGCCGGGGCCUCUCUCAAUGUGUCUGUGAUGUUACAGCCUUUCGAUUAUGAUCCCAAUGAGAAAAGUAAACACAAGUUUAUGGUUCAGUCUAUGUUUGCUCCGCCUGACACUUCUGAUAUGGAGGCAGUAUGGAAGGAGGCAAAACCGGAAGACCUUAUGGAUUCAAAACUUAGAUGUGUGUUUGAAUUGCCAGCAGAAAAUGCUAAACCACAUGAUGUAGAAAUAAAUAAAAUCAUACCUACGAGUGCAUCCAAGACAGAAGCACCGGCAGCCGCAAAGUCCCUGACAUCGCCCCUCGAUGACACAGAAGUAAAGAAGGUGAUGGAAGAGUGCAGGCGGCUGCAGGGGGAGGUGCAGAGGCUUCGGGAGGAGAGCAGGCAGCUCAAGGAAGAAGACGGACUUCGGGUGAGGAAGGCGAUGCCGAGCAACAGCCCCGUGGCGGCUCUGGCGGCCACUGGGAAGGAGGAGGGCCUGAGCGCCCGGCUGCUGGCCCUGGUGGUUCUGUUCUUUAUCGUUGGUGUCAUUAUAGGGAAGAUUGCCUUGUAGGGGCCGCAUGCGAAGGAUGGCAGGUUGGAUUGAUGGAUCUACCACACCAUGGGAUUCAAAUUUAUCAUAACCAUGCGUAAAAAGAAAUUAAUGUAUGACGGCAUCUCACAGGUCUUGCCUUUAAAUACCCCUCCCCAUGCACACACAAAUGCACACACAAAUAUAGCAUAAUAUAAUGAUCUUUUAGAAAGUUAAAAAUGUAUAGGGAAUGGAUGGGGAAAGAAUGGUCUGUUGCCGUAGGACGGGCCGUGAUUAACCACAGUGGCAUCUUGUAGCUGUCACGCUCAAUUCGGGUAGGCCUGGGCACGUGUUGCUAGAUCACUCUCUUAAAGCAAGAAGCUCCUCCUCGCAUGUUGGGGCUGGCCCGUGGGAGCGGGAGUCCUGCAAGGUGGGGCGAGCUGUCUUUUUCUUACCCACGUGGCUUCCCCAGGCCUGCUGUUCUGUCCAGGCAUCGUCUCCUCAGGCCUACAGAGCUGCAGGUGCCAAAGUGCAUUGCACAGAGGCCACAUCUCGUGUACCUGUGGGUCGUGUGGGAGAGACAUGAGUGGACCAGCGGGUCCAACACAGGGAAAUCCAAGUCUGUGCUCUGUUCUCUUGAAGGGACCAAGCUAAAUUACCGCUGGUUCAAGUAGUGAACCGAGUUGUUCUCGGAGAUGGCUGAUGCACAUGUAACCUAUUUCAUCUCGUGUGUUCCUGCUGCCACCAGAGCACAGGCAGUGAGUGCUGCAGACCGCCAGUGAGGAGCUGCUGCUGUGGGCUCUGGAGGUCUGAGGGAAGGGGAGGGUCUGAGUCAGGAAGUGUUUUGUUGUAGGUCAGUAAUAGCUGCCCUGAGGAGGAACGCUCUUUUUAAUGACAGUCAGCUCUGGAUUACCCAGUCUUCUAGAUUGCCCUACCAUCCAUCCUUCUAAAACAUAGGCCAGCCUUGACCUGCCCUUCUCAGGAUGAGUGAGUCAGGCUGCAGAGGGUGAAGGGCAUAGAGGGGGUGGGGUGGGGUGGGGGAGCCCUCAGCAAAUCCAUCUGCUGGUGAUGAAGAGUCCUGACUGUGAAUUAAUUUCAUGCCAUAAAAGACCGAUCCAGUUCUGCUCAACUAUGUAGCAUCUUAAAGGAAGAGAUUAAAAUAAAGCCCCAAAUUAAGAGUCCUUUUGUCAUUUUGUCACAUUUGCUGUGUGGGGUUCUUAUUAUCAAUCAUCGUUAGUGUGCUAUGGAAGGUUGAUUUUAAAAUGAGCUCUAUCAGUGGGAAACACAUGUGUAAUGAUUUGACUCUGCACACAUCUGUGUACACACGCACACACAUAUAUUACUAUUACUUUUAUUAUUAUAUUUUGGUUGGCUUCAGCUUAACAGCAGGAGCCAUCUCAGGCUGGCUGUCCUUCCCCUUCUGUGACCUUGGCCCUUCAGUGACAGGCCUGAGUCUGAGAGGACAAGCCCAUCUAAAGGAAGACUGGCCUAGACACCCGAGAUCACACUGCUGCUGUGCCUGAGUGGGCGGGUGGGAGCUGGAGACGGGGGGGGGGGGGGGGGGCACUGGGCGGUAAGCAGCCCUGCCCGCUCUAAUGCCUCUUACCGAGUUUCCAGACCCUUUCCGUGUGCCUGAAGGAGGGAGGGUACGACUGAGCUGAGGGUGAGGUCUGAGCUGCCACCUGGCUUCCCUUGCUACACUGAGAGGUUCAGCAGUCUCAGGUGCUGCCAGUAAUCCUUUUGCAGCUUUUGAGGGCAGAGUAACUCAGUGCCUCUGACAGGACCUGGGGUGUCAUCUAGCUCUACGACACAGGAGCCGGGGUUUGCAAGUGUUCUUAAGGGAUGGAUGGCUCUGUGUGCCAGAAAAGCUCUUGAGAGGCACAGCCAGCUGCCGAGAUUAAAGCGUGUCUGGGAGCUGCCGUGGCUUGGGCCAUGGAAGGUGAUUGUGUGAACGCUGUCAGAAUGCUCUAAGAGGGCCAGAGGUUGUAGACACUUCUGCAGUAGCAGCAACAACAAAAACUCCAGAUACAAGGGUAUCCUUCCUUUGUCUGGCCCUCGGAAGUCUGACCUCGGAGAGAUGCCUGGCAGUGUGGUAGUUGUUGGGGCUUCUUGACCAAGGGGAUGAUGGGAGCUCUAGGGAGGUUAGCAAGGCAGAGUGGGUAAAUCUCCGAGUCACCGUCACUCAUGAGUGCUGUAAGAGAGGUGUCAGUAAGAAGCGUACUUGCCUGUGGGCUCUAAAGAGAGCUGUGCACAUUUGGGGUGUCUUUUCUGAAAAUCUCAGAGCAGAUAAACCUGAGUAAGACACAGAAGAGGUGAGUUUCACUCUGUACUACAACUCUGCUGUCUCCAAAGAAGACAGAGUCAGGUGUUCUGGGAGGUGUGAAGCUGAGAGCUAGGAGAGCAGCCAUGAGGCAGCCAGGGCAGGUCCUCCAUGGUUACAGGGCCCGCUGCCCCUCCUUAUUAAGUGCCUCGGCUUUGGAAGCGCAGCCACCGUGCUCACAGAUGGACACAGUAGCAGAGUCCCACCAACUGCUAUUGAUUGAAUUUCCAAGUUGAUAAUUUAAGCUUGGAAAGAGACAGAGCACCUCUUAGACACAGUGAGCACUAUUAUCUGUCCGUGUGAGGCCCUGGCUUUAAUUUUCUUCUCCUCCUACUUUGCAUGUUUUCCCUCUCUGGUCUUUUAAACUGCUGGCACCAGCAGUAAUAAAUACUGAUAAAAUCAAAAUUGAUUUUUACCAGUGGACAGUUUAUGCCUAGAGAGACGGCUUAUACCUACAUAACACAGAAGGGGGAAUGAGGAGCCUCCAGUGAGCCGUGAAAAGCUGACUGCUUUCAAACAAAUCCUAGGAACAGCAUUGCUGUGUGAAGAUAGCAGUACCCAGCCUGCAGGCUGUGUUGACUCAGACAGAACUGAAUGCAGCCAGAGCUAAAUAGCCCCUCAGAUUAAUUUGAAAACAAGCCCCGAGUGUGCAUGUGUGUGUUUGUGUGUAGCAUAUGUGCCAUGUGUAAGCAGCCUGACAGUUCCCAAAUGGUGCCUGUAGUUUUUUUUUUUGCACACAGAUCUUGGUGUUUUCAAACUCAGAGUCCACGCCAAAAUGCAGUAUCGUUUUGUCAUUUUCAGGCUUCUCAAAAUUAACUGGCUUGAAUGCAAAUUUCUAGUUACAGUUUGCAAAAACCUUUAUUUUAAGGGAGAGACUGGGACACGGGACAGUUGGUCCUGUGAUCUAGGUCAUUCUGUAUUCCUGAGUGACGUUCUCCUUCCCAGGCCUUCUCCAGUAUAGAGGCCCAUGCUCCCCUCGCUGCUGUGGUAGCUGUGUCGUCUCCUGUGGACCCUGUGCUGUGACAGAGGGGAAGAGUAAACUUUGUAAGUAACCGGAAGGCAGGCACUAGACUCGUCCUAGUUACAUUUGGCCUUGUCUGCUGUUACUGAGAAUGAAUGCUUCUCAGAGCCCAGCAGAAAUGCAAUUGUGUUUAACACUCCCCUGCAGAGCAUAGAUGGACAGAUGCAGCAUAGGUGAGGCUGGGCGAUCAUUCUCUGGGAUCAUGGCCCGAUGGCUCCCUCAGGGUUCCCUGGCCUGAUUGGACUUGGAGGAGGUCUUUCCUCUCCCCAGACAGAGCUACAACUGUGGGAACCUUUGUCAACACUACCCUGGCUGCAGAGCACCUCACAAAACCGCAAGUUAGGCUCUGCCCUGUAAAAAAGACCCAGUGCGUGGAGGUGGGCAGCAUUUUAGUUUGGAACUAAAUGAGCCCCAGUUUGUGUGUGCAUGCUAAAGCACUGCUUGUUGGAGAUCUGCACAUCAAUGAAGGGAACAAGGCGGAGGGAGGUAUCUGCUCCAGGCACCUCAGCUCACCAGCCGCCGCGUCUGCCACCCUGAUGCAGCUGCUGUUUCCAGGCUGAGCAGGAGGAAGAGCCAGGGCUCUAGUGUGACCUGAACACAUCCCACAAGAUAAAUGCAUAUGGUUGUUUCCAUUUCGCUCACUGCCCAUGUGCCUGGGGAAUUGUGGAAGCUUUAGAAAGAAAAUUACCACUGUGUCUCAGUGAGGUGAGGCUGCUGUGUCUGGAGGCUCCUCAUAACUUGUAAAUUAAAUGUGAAUGAGAGAAGUUCAUUAAAAUUGGCAUUAUAGAAGUGGCCUAUUGAGAUUUGAAAGCAGCUGAGCUCAUGGUGUCUGGGCUCCCUCUAAACCUGUGGAGAAAUGCAUGAACAAGUGACAGGCGACAGUCACAGGAGCAUAGGGCGCAGGCAGCUUGGGCGCUGUGAGUGGAUCGCUGCCUGGCUCCCUGCCCUCUGACUGUUACUGCAUGUUCAACACAUGAGGCUCUGCCACUAAGAAUAUUUGCUGUUUGGAGUGCACAAGGGAGGGGACUAGUGCCAUUUCCACAGCAGUGCGGACAUUGUUUUCAUUUAUUCCCAGCACAUAGGUAUGUGUAAACAUUUUAAAGGCACAGCACACACAAACAUCUGUGUAUUAUGGUUCAGAGAGAUACCGGGAAGGUGGAAGAGAGGUGGAUACAGCGAAUAUAAUAAUUACUUUAAUUUUUCUCCUUAAUGGAAUUAAUGAAUUAGAAGAUGUGUGCUUCUGCUCUACAGAAAAGGAAGGAAAGCUAACAGUAAAAAAACACAGCUAUUAUCCACCUCGCCACAAAUGUUUGCAGUUAUGCUACCUUGGAAUUUUGCCACAGUGUGGGUUCCACUGAUGAAAAGAUGUGACUGGGAAGAAGAGUGACUGCGCGUCGCUGAGCACUGCAGCCUGUAAAUGCUGCUGUUUCUUUUGAACCAGGAAGCACUGGUCCUGUAACAAUGCCCUAUUACAGUUGCUGUAUUGCAGCGAGGGGCUGAUGCGGGUUUAAUCAUCUCUCUAAUGGAUGUGGGUGCAGGAUAGAUGCUCUGUCCUGCUUCCCUGCCUGCAUCCUGAUGAGCCUCUGUAGCCAUCAGGGCUGCUGUGUACUGGAGCAGCAGCUGCAGUUCCGUGUCUGUCCGAAAUAAAACAGAUCACCUGUUCCUCUCUGCCUCUCUCAGAAGACACCAACUAUGGGAGACAAAUCAGAUCUUUUAACACAAUCUCAUUAAGGCUCCAUGCUAACAGGAGUACAGAGCUUACAUGACGUACGGACGUGAUAAAUUAUCAUGCACGCUCUACACGUCAACUCAUCAGCUCUCCCUGUAACACAGAAAGAAAGGCCUCCAUCUUUUUUAUGGUCGGGCUGCCUGCAUUCCCAUCUCUUUGCUUUUUAGGAAGUAAACUAAAUUCAGCUGCUAGCCCUCUAGUGCAGCAUUUAUUUAAAAGAAAAAAAAAAUGCCUUUUCCCAUUGAGUCUCUUACAUGGCCUCAAAGGCAAGAAUUUAUUGUCUGUGAUAGUGAAACCCGUGUGUACAAAACUGCCUCCUGUUCAUGAUCCAUGUGGCAGAUGUUCCUAAAUCGCUGCCUCUAUUUUCCAUACAACGAGGUCCUCAGAAAAUAACCAGCAGGAUUCAUUUAGUGAUUGUGUGGUUCACUGGUAAGCAGUCUUAAGUGCAAAAUGCAUCAGGCUUCCUCCUCCUCCUUCUCCUCCUCCUCCUCCUCCUCCUCCUCCUCCUCUUCUGUUUUGGUUUUUAAAUAAAAUAUAUGAACUGCUGGCAUUUGGAACUUCCUAUAAUAAACACAAUAUAAUGUUCCCGUCACUGGCCCCUCCUCGUGGAGGAGAGACACAGUCUCAGUAAUUCCCCAUCCGGUUUUACAUCUUUUCUCAUCUCUAAAAAUCUCUGCAGCCUGUGACUGUGCAUGUCACUUCUGACCUCAGGAUAUGUCAACAUUUUAGGGACUGAGCAUUUUAAGGGGUGUUUUAGAAUGCUGUUCUUCCCUGAUCUCUCCUUUAUGCUUUUAAGCUGUAUUUCCUGUUCUGGUGUGGGACUCGUUCACAGAAUCAGAGCACGGAGGGACUCUGUCGUGGUGCACGUUGGUUGUCUGAUGUGUGAUAAAUCCAUGGUUUUAUGGCUAACUUUACAUUUUCCAGAGGAAAGGAAACGGAUUUCUAGUGUCCAGACCAAAAGAGCCAUUCACCCAGAGUUCUCACCUGUUGUAUACUGGUCUGAUGAAACCUGCCCUGACUCGGCCUAAACUUCCGUAUGAGCUGUCUCCAUAUAAUGUUCAAUAAAUUGUGUGCUCUGAAUGUAUGUAAA